AAAAUGGCAUCACUAGAAAAAGUUUCCUUCCAACAAAAUAAUCUCAUGUCAACCAUGAUACUGUUUCAAAAAUCUAUGCAACCUGACGGUUCUAGAUCUAGCGAGUAGCAAUACUACAGGGGAUAUCACAGAACUAAUGGAAAGGCUACCAAACUGUCGUUGGAACAAGCUGCAAAUGUUAGAUUUGUCUCUCAACAAUAUUAGUGGGGAGCUCCCAAAUCAAUUGGGGACGCUGAGCAACCUGACCUACUUGGUUCUGUCAGGCAAUAAGCUUACAGGAAAAAUACCAUCAUGGGUAUGGGCACUGAGAAAAUUGUUUAUUUUGGAACUUCGUGGGAGUAAAAUAAGUGGUAUUGUCAAUGAAGAUCAUUUAAAUAGCCUUGCAGACCUAGAGUUUUUAGGGUUGGGCUCUACGCUCCUUCAAAUAAAAAUCAGACCAGACUGGAUUCCACCAUUCAAGCUGCAGACUGUUCUCUUAGAAUCUAUGCAGCUAGGACCGGAAUUUCCAUCAUGGCUUAAAUCACAAACAAGCAUUAAGCUCCUUAGCAUGGCAAAUUCAAGCAUAAAUGCAAUCCCGGAUUGGUUUUGGGUUGUGUUUUCAAGAGCAGACUUCUUGGAUUUGAGGUAUAAUCAGAUAUCUGGCACACUACCAGCAACGUCGGAAUUUAUGGCAGCAAAUACCUUGUUAUUAUCGAAUAACAGAUUUAGUGGCACGAUUCCAAAAUUUUCAAGAAAUAUAAGCUACAUAGACAUCUCCAGCAACUCAUUGUCAGGAACACUACCAUCAGAUUUAGAAGCCCCGCAGUUAACAGGCCUGCUUCUCUACAACAAUUCCAUAUCAGGCACUAUUCCAUUCUUGGCUGUGCUCAUUAGAAAAAUUGCAAGUAUUAGACCUAUCUGCAAACAUGCUGACUGGAGAAGUUCCAAAUUGCCAAGAAGAUUCUUACCCAUACAUGCAUUAUUUGGUUACAGUAAACCUAAAUAACAACAAUCUCUCAGGAGAGUUCCCUUCAGUUUUUAGAAAUUUUCCGUACGUAAGCUUUGUUGAUCUUUCCUACAACAGAUUCUCUGGGAAGCUACCAGUGUGGAUAUGGGAGAAGAUGCCAAUCUUAGCACUGUU